AUGCUCGGCCGUCUCCCAACCCGCGGCCUCCUCCCCUCUCCCCCGCUGCUGCCGCGAAAACCAGAAGUGGAAUGCGCACGGCAAAGCGCGGCGCUCCGGCGGCAGCACUGGGCAUGCUCGGCACCCGGGGCAGGUUCGGGCGGCGGGGCGGACGCUGCCUCACGAGCCGGGCGCCCGAGCCGGCCGCGGAGGCAUAGGUGGAGGCUGAGGCUGCCGCGCGCCGCGGGAGGAGCCUCGCCCUCGGCGGCGGCGGCGGCGGCGGCGGCGGCACAGGUGGCGCGGGCCGCGCGCGGGGCGCAGCACGGGAGCGCGUGGCGCCGGGCGCCGCGGCGGCCCCAGGCUCGCGCCCGCGGCGGCAACCGGCCGAGCGGAGCGGCGGGCGCGGCGGCGGCUGCGGCUCUCCCGGCCCGGCCGGCGGCGCCCGGAGCCCGCAGGAGCCCGCAGCAGCCCCCGGGAGCCCGCAGGAGCCCCGAGCCCGCGGAGCCCGCGGAGCCGGGCAGGGGGCGCUGCGCGCGCUGCGCUCGGAGGGGCCGCCGGGCCGGGCGCCGCGCACUCGCGUCGGGGAGCCGCCUCUCCCCCGCGGCGCUCGCCCCUGCUCCCCGCUGGCAUCACUUGUCCCGCGGCCGCGCUCAGACAACAAAAGCGGAAGAUGCUGCAGUUGAGCAAGGUCAGGACCUUGCCCUGAAGCCGGGCGGCGGCGCGCACGCCUCUCCCCGGACUGAGGAGCUGUCGCUGGCGGCGGGUGCAUGUUCACGAGGAGGCAAUCCGGCGCCGCGCCGUUCGGUGAGUUGCCUUGGCCGGGCGACUGGGGCCAGGCGCAUCCCGCUCGGCGUCGUGCUCCUCCUCGCCGCCGGUGGGGGUUGUUCCUCGGCGGCUCCUGGCCGGGGGAGGACCGCGAUCGCGCCGGGUCCCCUCGCUCGGAAGACGGCCGAGCCUGGAACGGGGGGCCGGGGUUAG